AUGUAAAACAUUUACAUUUUAAAGUUUAUAAAUUUUUUCGGACUUAUCGGUAAACUAUACACCUUCUUUACUCCAAGUAGUCGCGAAUAACCUAUAAUUAGAUUUUUAGUUUUCUCUGGUUCCCGCAAUAUGGCAGUUCUCAGGUAAGACUAGAUUUCAAUGUUAUUGUUUAAAGAUCGAUCAUUGACAUAUAAUCGUGAUGUUCCGAUCAUGGGAAUCUGCGGACAAAAGCAUAAGAAAAAACAUGCUAAAACCGGGAAUAUUUGUCAAAAAGCCAACAGAAUGUUCUGUGUGCAUCAUUGUUGUAGAGAAAAUAAAUGUCACCGGAACAUGCGAAGAGAAUUUGAAAGAGAAGUAUCAUUCCACUAUUCUUGUCGGUGAAUCUAAGAAGACAGUGGUUAUAGGGGAAGCAAGUUCAGAAAUCGAUAGGAAAGUCGAAAGAGCGAUUUGCAUGAUGAAUAUCAAUGAGACGAGCCUUGUUACCAUUGUCAUGCCUGUACAAUCAGAUGUUGAUGAAUCUAUAAAGAUCCAGUUUGAAAUCACGUUGUCUCUUUGUAAUCGUCACAAACCAGUUUGGGAAUGGACUCCGGAGGAAAAAUAUGAAGUAGCUUUAAGAUAUAAAGAAAGAGGUAUGGAAUUGUUCAAUUGCUCUCGUGUUACAGACGCGUUUCACAAAUUCAGCAGAGCUUGCAAGCUUUUGAUAACACUGGAACCAAUAACAGAUUUAGAAUUAGAUAAACAGUUGGAGUACAAUAUUAAUGAUUUGAGACUUGCUCUGUACAACAAUAUGGCAAUUUGUCAUCUGAAGCAGAAAAACUAUCAACAUGUUUUGACACUAUGUACCAAAGUUUUGGACAAAGAUGGAAAUAAUGUUAAGGCCUUAUAUAGAAGAGGAAUGGCAUAUGGUAACAUGGGAGAUAACGAGAAAGCUGUGGCAGAUUUGAAGGCAGUAUUAAUCUUAGAGUCUAGUAAUCAUUUGGCGAAAGAACAGUUUAAUCUCUAUAACACCAAACUACAAGAAUCUAUUCAGAGAAAUAAAGAUAUGGUGAGAAGGAUGUUCAAGACUUGAUAAUUUUUAAAUAUACUGUGAUUAUAUAUAUUAAAUUCUUCAAUGAAGAAAGGGAGUUUUAUUUUCUAAAUAAAAGAAAUAAAAUUAUAUUAUAUUAUGAAAUUUAUAUUUCUAUUCAUAACUUAUGCCUAAUUAUCUUAGUUAUUAUUGUCACAUUUAAUUAUUAUCAUAACAUUGUAUUAUAUAACAUUAUUUGUAUCUUGUAUUAUAUAACAUUGUUUGUAUCUUAAACAAAUUAAUAAUGCGAAAUCAAAAAAAUUAUUACUGCAGUUGGAUGUGAAUAUACAUAAUUAUUUAUUUUAUUAAUUUUUUAUUACAAUAUUAGUAUAAAAUAAGUAGCUCAAAGGUAAAAUUAUAUGUUCAGUAAAUAUAUAUAAUGCAUCCUACGCAAGUUUCUUUUUAUUAUUACAAAAUUUUUAAUCAAGGUAACUUCGUCAAUAAUCGCAACUACAAAUUAUUCAAUAGUGUCAUGUUUGUAUAUUUUUAAUUACAUCACAACUGUGUAAAAUGUAUAAGUACUACAGGUUUUUUCAUACAAAUAUCACUGUCUACAAAUAACUUGGACAAUCUGUUCGUUCAACCGUUAUAUAUUUAUAUAUCAGUUGCUAAUUUUUUUUAUAUAAAACUGCAUAACAAUAUAAUUGCUUUAAUAUGAAAAAAAUCGUUCAAUCGAUUUAUGUACAUAUUAUCUCAAGUCUGAAGUACGAUAAUGUGAUGGAGAAUAGUGAUUUAAAUAUCAAGUGUAGUUGAUGAACUUAAUCACAAAUUUGGGUCAAUGCGCAAUCGCCUGCUAAACUUAUUUACUUUUAUAUAACUUACGAAAUUACAAGUAAAAUCUGCGAUAGAUUUCCAUAAAAUUAGUAAAUAAAAUUUAGCACGGGAUACAAAAUCUUGGUAACCCACAAUUGAAUUUUAAUGGCACCGCUAUAACCACCAUGCAUUUCUGCUAAAUUUUAUUAUCCUACAUACAUUCCCAUUUAUAAAGUAUCAUGAUGAAUACGACUAUAUAUUAAUAAUACAAAACUUAAUCACUUGUAUCUCAACUAAUAAAACAAUUGUAUCAAGAAUAUGUUUAAAGCUGCCUAAUAUUUAUGUUUGUUAAUGGAAAUACAAAAAGAUAAAAAAAAA